CGUUUUCUCUUUCUUCUUCGUAAAAACCAAAACUUUCUUCUUGGGUCUAAGGAAAAAUCCAAACUUUUCAAGUUUCGUGGGUCUGUAAAAAUGGGUAGAUGUGGUGGUGGGAGAAACGGCAACGGAAACGGGAACGGAAACUUUACCGGAGUUGGAUUUAACGGUAACGGUGGCGGUGGUGGUGGUGUUAGGCCUUACGUACGGUCUCCUGUUCCACGGCUUAGAUGGACUCCGGAUCUUCACCGUUGUUUCGUUAACGCCGUCGAGAUUCUCGGUGGUCAACACCGAGCAACACCAAAACUUGUUCUUAAGAUGAUGGAUGUGAAGGGUCUCACCAUUUCACAUGUCAAAAGCCAUCUUCAGAUGUAUAGAGGAUCUAAGCUCACUUUGGGGAAACCAGUAGAAGAAAGCUCAUCAUCAAGUUCAAUAAGAAGAAGAGGAAGAAGAAGACAAGACAGUGGUGAAGAAGAUUACCAUCUUCAUGACAACUUGUCUUUACUCUCUUCCUCAAGGAAUGAUUGUCUUUUGGGUUUUCACUCUUUUCCUCCUCUUUCUUCACAUUCUCCUCUUCUUCUUAGAGGAGGAGGAGGAGGAAGAAGUAAAGAGCUGCAGCAGACUUCUGCAGAGUCUGGUGGUUAUGAUGAUGAUGAUGACUUUCUUCACAUCAUCAACAUGAACACGACUAUCCAUACGACGACGUUCCCAUCACAUCACCUCCCCUCCUCCAAGAAAACAGAGGAGUGGCGGGAACAAGAACAAGAACAGGAAGAAGAAGAAGAGGAUUUGUCGUUGUCUCUGUCGUUGAAUCAUCAUCAUCAUCACUGGAGAAGCAACGGAUCAUCUUUGAGCGAGACGAGUGAAGCAGCUGUCUCAACUUGUUCUGCACCGUUCGUCUCCAAAGAUUGCUUUGCUUCUUCUUCAAAGAUUGAUGAUCUUAAUCUUAAUCUCUCCAUUUCUCUCCUCGGUAGCUAAUUUUAAAAGUAAGCAAGAAGAUCUCUGUUCUUUAGAUUAGGGUUCAGUGAAACUAUUCGGAUGUGUUUUUUUUUGAAACUAGGAUUUUUUUUUUAAAUGUUUUCCGAGAUUCAAAGUUAGUAGAAAUCUUGAAAAUAAAUUAUGAAUUCAGAACCGAGAAUGUAACAAACAGAGCCAAACGCAGCGUUUUGAUCUUUGAACGGAUAAAUCCUUAAACGCA